AUGGAAGCUGAAGAAACGAUGGAAUGUAUCCAGGAGUUCCCUGAACACUAUAAAGUUAUUUUGGAUAGACUGAAUGAACAGCGUGAGCAGGACCAGUUUACAGAUAUCACUCUGAUUGUCGAUGGUCACCAUUUCAAAGCUCAUAAGGCUGUUCUUGCUGCCUGUAGCCAGUUCUUCUACAAAUUCUUCCAAGAUUUCACUCAGGAGCCCUUGGUGGAGAUUGAAGGUGUAAGUAACAUGGCGUUUCGUCACCUAAUCGAGUUCACCUAUACAGCAAAACUAAUGGUCCAAGGUGAGGAGGAAGCAAAUGACGUUUGGAAAGCAGCAGAGUAUCUACAGAUGUUAGAAGCAAUCAAAGCCCUUGAAAUCAGGAACAAAGAAAAUUCAUCACCCUUAGAAUCAAAUCAAGCACAAGGUAAAAAUAAACCAAAAAAGAGGAAGAUAGCCGAGACCUCUAAUGUUAUCACAGAAACACUGCCAUCAGCAGAAUCGGAGCCUGUUGAAAUUGAGGUUGAGAUUGCUGAAGGGACGAUUGAAGUGGAAGAUGACAGCAUUGAAACACUUGAAGAAGUAGCUUCUGCAGAGCAAUCCAUAAAGUACAUACAGACAACGGGUACAUCAGAUGAAUCUGCUUUGGCUCUUUUGGCAGAUAUCACCAGCAAGUAUCGUCAGGGAGAGAGAAAAUGCCAGAUCCAAGAAGAAGGUGAUAGUGCAGCUGAUCCCUCGUGCAAACAGGUAGAAGGUAUUGAAAUUGUGGAACUUCAGCUGUCACACGUGAACAAUUUAUUCCACUGUGAGAAAUGUAACCGAUCCUUUAAAUUGUUUUACCAUUUUAAGGAACACAUGAAAACACACUCUACUGAGAGUUACAAGUGUGACAUAUGCAAUAAAAGAUACCUACGAGAGAGUGCUUUGAAACAGCACCUCACCUGUUACCACCUCGAUGAAGGUGGUGCCAGCAAGAAGCAAAGACCUGGCAAAAAAAUACAUGUAUGCCAGUACUGUGAUAAGCAGUUUGACCACUUUGGACAUUUUAAAGAGCAUCUCCGGAAGCACACAGGUGAAAAACCAUUUGAAUGUCCAAACUGCCAUGAACGUUUUGCUAGGAAUAGCACGCUCAAAUGUCACCUGACGGCCUGUCAGUCUGGCGCUGGAGCUAAAAAGGGAAGAAAGAAGCUGUACGAAUGUCAGGUUUGUAACAGCGUGUUCAACAGCUGGGAUCAAUUCAAAGAUCACUUGGUAAUACACACGGGUGACAAACCCAACCACUGUACCUUAUGUGAUUUGUGGUUCAUGCAAGGCAGUGAGCUGAGAAGGCAUCUCAAAGAAAUGCACAACAUUUCAGAACGAAUGGUGACAGAAGAGGUUCUUCCAGUGGAAGCUGAACCGGUAACAUCCAUGACUAUUAUAGAACAAGUGGAGCAAGUCCAUGUCCUACCAGUAAUUCAAGUACAAGUGGAUCCCGCACAGGUAACUGUGGAACAGAUGCACCAGGAUCUCAUACAGGACAAUCAAGUGAAGGGCACGCAGCUAGAUGAACUGCAAGAACAGGUGCAAAUUAGUUACUUGGAAGUUGAACACAUUCAGACUGAACAAGGUGCUGAAGUUCAUGUGGAGCAGUUACAUGUCGAGCAUGUAAAUCAAAUACAGAUGGAAGAAGUACAGGCAGAACUUAUAGAUGGGACAGAACUCGAACAGGUAGAAUAUGAAAGUGUUGAUCAAGGAGAAGCAGAAGAAAAGGAACCUAAUCAAGUAGAUGAUGCAGAUAAGGAAGAUCAUGAACAAGCUGAAGACUUAAAAACUCAACAAUUAGUGGACAUGCAGAAUGAAAAGGCGGAUGACUAG